GUCUGACCAAAUUGUUGUGUGGCUCCAAGCUAAAACUUAAAAAGUAACAGCUGCUGACAUUGCCUUGUUAGUUCUCUACUAAAAGCAAUAAUGGCGGCUGCAAGAGUGAGGGUAUCAGCAAACAACACUAUAGCUUCACUCAAAUCGAAAGAUCCUCUCCGAAAGCCCAUCAUUUUCAACCUUUGCUUUGGCAAUGGAGCUGCUGCACAAAGCAGGCGACUUUUCAGUAGCACUGCUAUUUACAAUCCCCAGAUUCAAAUCAAACAACAAGGACAGCCUGAAACCUUAGAUUAUCGUGUCUUUUUUGCAGAAGAUUCCGGCAAAAAGGUAUCCCCUUGGCAUGAUAUACCACUUCAUUUAGGUGAUGGUGUUUUCAAUUUCAUCGCUGAAAUUCCCAAAGAAUCAAGUGCAAAGAUGGAAGUUGCUACGGAUGAGCAGUACACACCAAUUAAACAAGACACAAAGAAGGGGAAACUUAGAUAUUAUCCAUACAAUAUUCACUGGAACUAUGGAUUGCUUCCUCAAACUUGGGAAGACCCUUCAUUGGCAAAUGCUGAAGUUGAGGGGGCAUUUGGAGAUAAUGAUCCUGUUGAUGUUGUCGAGAUUGGGGAAAGCCGUGCUAAAAUUGGCCAGGUCUUGAAGGUCAAACCUUUAGCUGCUUUGGCAAUGAUUGAUGAAGGAGAACUUGAUUGGAAAAUAGUUGCUGUUUCCCUUGAUGAUCCCCGAGCUUUGCUUGUCAAUGAUAUUGAUGAUGUGGAGAAACAUUUUCCGGGUACUCUGACAGCUAUCAGGGACUGGUUUAGAGACUAUAAGAUUCCUGAUGGGAAACCUGCAAACAAGUUUGGACUUGGGAACAAGCCUGUUAACAAGGAUUAUGCACUUAAGGUUAUUAUGGAAACCAAUGAGUCUUGGGAAAAGCUUGUCAGGAGAUCCAUUCCUGCUGGUGAUCUUUCACUUGUAUAGCUGCGCCAAUUGAUAAAGCUUGAACAGCUAGUUUUGUUGCUUGUUAACUAAACUGGACGUUAAAUCCGUAGCAAUUCUUUUUCCGUCCUCAUGUGUGAUGUAAAUGAGUUCAUAUUCUUAAAGUUUAUUCAGCACAAGAAGAUGCUGCUUUUUCAUCCGUAUUUUCUGCAUGGAAAUGACUUUUAAAGCUAUCCAAGCGGAAAAAGAUUUAAAUAUGUCUGAAUUGAUCUUUGUUCUCCAAUUGCAUUAACCAAGUAUGAAUGCAUCUUA